CCCCAUCCCGAGCUCCAGGAAUGCUGUACGAAUCCAAGGUGAGAUGUCACGGCUGAGCCUUGGCUUCCACGACCCACUGAGGGCAGAUUAAGACCUUGGGGCAGGUGGCACCAAACCCGGGCGGGUCCCUUGGCCAUGGAGUUGGCAGAUUUAUUCUUCAAUGGGAGCCAAUUCCCCACAUCCCAGCUGGACUUGGAAGGGUCAUUGGCCGCCACCAAUGGCUCCAACCAGACGGAGCCCUACUACGACACAACCAGCAAUGCCGUCCUCACCUGCAUCUACUUCGUGGUGUGCAUCGUGGGCCUGUGCGGCAACACCCUGGUCAUCUACGUCAUCCUCCGCUAUGCCAAGAUGAAGACCAUCACCAACAUCUACAUCCUCAACUUGGCCAUCGCCGAUGAGCUCUUCAUGCUGGGGCUACCCUUCCUGGCCAUGCAGGUGGCUCUGGUGCAUUGGCCCUUCGGCAAGGCCAUAUGUCGCGUGGUCAUGACCGUGGAUGGCAUCAACCAGUUCACCAGCAUCUUCUGCCUCACCGUCAUGAGCAUCGAUCGCUACCUGGCCGUGGUGCAUCCCAUCAAGUCGGCCAAGUGGAGGCGACCUCGAACAGCCAAGAUGAUCAGCCUUGCCGCGUGGGGGCCUCGACUGCUGGUCAUCCUGCCCAUCAUGAUCUAUGCGGGGCUCCGGAGCAACCAGUGGGGUCGAAGUAGCUGCACCAUCAACUGGCCUGGAGAAUCGGGGGCCUGGUACACCGGUUUCAUUAUCUACGCCUUCAUCUGGGAUUCCCUGGUGCCUCUGGUCAUCAUCUGCCUCUGCUACGUGUUUAUCAUCAUCAAGGUCAAGUCCUCGGGGAUCCGAGUGGGCUCAUCCAAGAGGAAGAAGUCGGAGAGGAAAGUCACCCGCAUGGUGUCCAUCGUGGUGGCCGUCUUCGUGUUCUGCUGGCUGCCUUUCUACAUCUUCAACGUCUCCUCGGUCUCCGUGGCCAUCAGCCCCACUCCCGCCCUCAAAGGCAUGUUCGACUUCGUGGUGGUCCUCACCUACGCCAACAGCUGCGCCAACCCAAUCCUGUAUGCCUUCUUGUCUGACAACUUCAAGAAGAGCUUCCAGAAUGUUCUCUGCCUGGCCAAAAUGAGUGGCCUCGAUGACGGGGAGCGAAGUGACAGCAAGCAAGAUAAAUCCCGGCUGCACGAGACCACGGAGACUCAGAGGACCCUCCUCAAUGGUGACCUCCAGACCAGUAUCUAAAGGGCUUGGAAAACAAAGCAAAAAUAACAACAACAAUGAACACUCAGAAGGCCAAAGUUCUACCAACCUGGCCUGGGCUUCUCCCCACUCCCCCACUUCCUCUUCAUCAUCACAGCUGGCUUCUAGAAUAGGGAUCUGGGCUUGCUCUUUGGGGGGCCAAGUCAGAAAGCAGUGCCAGGAGUGAAGAGUUAGCGGAGUGUUGGAGAGUGAAGGCCACCAUCUUGGACGUGAACAGUCAACAUGGAGGUGGCCUUUCCCCAUACGGGCCGGCCGGCCUGGCCCGGAGCCUCAGAACCAAACAUAAGCCAAGUGGACCGUUGUAUCCGUGUGCCUGUGAGUCUAAGAGCUGCUACGUGAUCUCGUUGUCGUGUUCUUCUAUUUAUACUUGUAUAUACCCAUCCGGCACCCCCACCCCACCCUGAGCCACCACCCCGUCUUGUGUUCUAGUCCAUGAGGAAUGAAUUCCAGCGUGCACAGACCUUAUGGGUUUAUGGCCUCCACAGAAUUCGUAGAAAUGAGGCUUCCCACAAGGUCAAUAAAAUCAGAACUCUGGGGACUCUCUCUUGCUCGGGUAGUGUGCACCUAGCCAGAUGGUUUUGUUCUAAAAAGAAAAAAAAAUAUGUGUUUAAAAUUUA